UGACAAGCGGCUGCCUGCCAUGUUUGUAGUCUUUUCUUUUUUCCGCCCCUCUUCUCCUUUUAGCCUUCCCUUCCAGGUCACGCAGGGUGUGUAUGCGUGUGUUGUGUGUGUGUGCAGCGCUCCAUGGGAAACAGCAAAGCGGCGAUGCUUGGUUUGAGAAGCAGCUGCAACCUGGCCUGAUGGCAAUGGCAACAGCAAAGCCUUCCCCGGAGCCUGCUGCGGAGCUGCGUCUGCAGCAGGCCCAGACUUUCAAGGAAGAAGGGAACCGCUUUUAUAAGGAAGGGCGCUUCCGGGAUGCGGUGAGCCGCUAUCACUGGGCCUUGCUGCAGGUGAAAACCCUGGAUCCAAGCGUGCCUUCCCCUUUACAAGAAUUUGGCGCUGAAAAGCCCACCAUGCUGGCUGAGCAGGAGCAGAUAUUCCACGCUAUCCAGCGUGACUGCUAUAACAAUCUGGCUGCAUGCCUCCUUCAGAUGCAACCGGUGAAUUACGAACGCGUGAAAGAGUACAGCCUCAAAGUGCUCCAGAGGCAACCAGAGAACGCCAAGGCACUCUACCGGGCCGGCGUCGCGUUCUACCACCUGCGGGAUUUUGACAGGGCACAACACUAUCUCGUGGCCGCCAUCAACAAGCAACCCAAAGACGCCAACGUGAAGCGUUACUUACAGUUGACGGAGUCCCAGCUGAGCAGCUACCACCAAAAGGAAAAGAAGUUAUACAUGGGGAUGUUUGGCUAGUGGGGAUGAAGCUUUGAAAAUACCCUGAACGUGGUAUAUUGCCAGCUUCUGGGUCUUCAUGAACCUCCGCGUGAUUAUUGGUUCUGGUGGAGACGGAUCAGAGACAGAGUGCCUUACAAAAUGACCGGUCGAGCCUGGAAGGAAUAUGAACCAUAGAUAUCUCCUGCAUUAUACUCUCUCCAGCGUUGCCACUUUGGGGCAAAAAAAUGGAUUGGGGCCAGAUUAUUUUGUUCCCACCGCAAUCAAGACAGGGACUAUGAGCUAUAUUUGCUGUUUGGGUAGACUGGGGUUUUAUUUCAUUUUGUUUUGCUGCUCUUCCUCCUAAUUGUUUCAUAAAUUGUCCUGGAAAAUUC